AUGAGAAUUUCUCCUGUAAAUUCUCUUUAAAAAUGCUAUGGAUUUGAUUUCCCAGUUGGAAUGGGUGAUUGGUCGGGAUAUUCUAACCCUCAUGCUAUGGAUAUGGACGGAGAACAAAACAUUGUGAUUGGUGGUUUAAGAUAAUUUUAUUCAAUGGUAUAUUCAUUCAAUGACGAUGGCCUCUAUUUUCAAUAUUAGGGAGCCGAUGAUAGUAAAUGGCUUAAAUACUAUUCGGAUACUACUGUGUAGUACGUUAAUUCAAUAUAAUUUCAAAAAACCUCUGGAAAAGCAAGCAAAGUGAUUGCUGCUGCUCAACAGGACUAAAAUACCAAUCCUAGACUUAUCCUAAUCUUGAUUGAUGCGAGUGAUGGAGCUUUGUUGACUCAAUACUAAGUAAACAGCGAAUCUGGAUCCAAUUAUUAUAAUAUCAAUGAGGUCAAUUCCGCAUUUUUCACCACUAGUAAUAAAUUAUAUUUGGCAGCAUACACUGUAGACAUCAAAGCAAGUAUUUUUGGAUAAUUAGAUUUUUCACAAGGACCGAACGAUCUGAUAGUUAGCUGGUCAAUGAUGGUUCAAAGCGGAUCUAGCGAUAAGAAAAAGUUCAACUCAAUUUACUUGGAUGAAUCAGAUUAAAAACUUUACAUUGGAUUUGUAAAAGAGACAGCAAAAACAGAUGGGUAAAACAAUGUGAAAAUUGGAGUGACAAGAGUCGAUUCCAAUACCAACCAAUAUGACUGGUCCUACGGAUUUGAAUAUGAUAAAGUAUAGAAUGAGUCAAAGUAUAUCAUAAUUUAAGACCUAAAUGUUAAAACAAUAGGAACUAAGCAAUAUAUAGUCUUCAAUUCAAACACUGUUAAUGAUAAAUCAAAUUUAGAAUAUGAAUUAAGAAGUCAAUUUUCUUUAUUAACAAACAAUGAUGCAACCUCGCAAAGAAUUUUGAAAACUUUUGAAUAUACAGAAUACCUAAUUGCUAGAGAUACAAAAAUAAUAUCAGCAACUGAGAUUUAUGUAGUUGCAAUCACUUCUCUUUCUGAUUAGAAAGGAGAUCCAAUAUAUCUUUUCAGAAUCUAAGAUAUCGAUACUUUGGGCGCUAAAAUAACAAGGACAAAAAUCGUUUUCAAAGAGCUCUCUGUUGUUACUGAUGCAAUGAUUUUAAACAAUUUCAAAGUGAUGUAUAUUGCCUCAGCCUCCAAUUACAGAAUUUCUACAUUAUUUGAUUAUGAAUUAACAUAGUUACUAAAUACGAAUGAUUACUCUAAAUCCUGUGCUUAAAAUAAUACUGCUGAUCAAAUUACAGUGGAAAAUUUCCGAUCCUUUACAACAGAAUAUUCUUCAAAUAGCAUAUCUAAUGAUCUAAUCUUAGGAAAUUUGGCAUUUACCCAGCUGAUUGUAGGGACGCUUGAAGAUAUGGAUUAAGCAAUAUUCUUUCAAAAAUAUGGCAAGUUUUGCACAUCGAUUUCAAUGAAUGUCACAUAACCUAUCUUGUUAACUUACUCUAAACAAAAUGGUGACUUUAAAGCUGAUCUCAAUUAAUAUGUUACUGGAGAUGAAAUUUGCAGUGAUAAGAGCAGAAACUUUACAAAAAAAUCUUGUAAAUCUCUAAACACUACUUUUUGGAUUUAUUCAAGAGAUCCAUAGACAGCAGGCUUUUACAUUUAUGAUACAGGUUUGUAUUACUUUGACUUGAAAUCUAAUUCCUAUUAAAAUUUUGUAGAUAUGUCACUUUAUGUGAGUGUAUAUUAUGUUGUGGAAGAUAAUAAUAACGAUAAUAAUAACUCUGCAGGAAAUAACACUGAUAAUGGAGGAAAUAGUACAAACAAUAGCACUGGAGGAAAUAGUACAAACAAUAGCACUGGAGGAAAUAGUUCAAACAAUAAUAACAAUACAAACGGAGGCAAUUAAACUGGAAAUAAUAAUAAUUCAAAUAUCGGUAAUAACAACAAUACCAAUAAUAAUAACAAUACCAACAAUAAUACAGCAGUAAACAAUACAAACAGUACUAAUAGCACAACUGGUACAGGAAAUAACACAAAUAACAAUGGAGGAAGCACCAAUAAUAAUGGAAACAAUAAUAAUUUUUCUAAACCAGAGCCUUAUAUAUAUAAAUACGAAAGUAUAAAAAGACCUACUUUUGUUGUUAAGCCUCAACCCAUUGUGUCCUACACCCAAGAAAAAAAUGAAGAAGCAUUUCCUGAAAUUAAUGCAAAUGGAAAUAUAACAAUUGAGCCUAAAGAACUGUAGCAAUAUACAAGCAGCUAUCUGAAAGCACUCAUCAAAGUAAUAAUAUCUAGAUUAGCUGUUUCAGUACAAUUAGGAUCAGAGGAUUUUUAAUAUAAAUGCAAUUACAACAUUUCCUAUCAAGAAAAUGGAAAAGUAGAUAUCUAAAUUGAUCCUCGAUUCCUAUCAGAGCUUUCUGAUUCAUAAGAUGAGAUGACUAUUAUCUUUACAUUCAAGAAUGUGCCUGUAUAAAAUAAAAGAAUGCUUAAUUCUGAUUACAAAGAUAGCAAAAGAUAUUUGUAGAAUUUACUAAACAAUAAUACUUCUAAAUUAUCAGAGACUAUUGAAAGUAUCACAGUAUCUUUCCCUUUCUAAAAAACUAAAUUAACAGACAUACUUCUUGAUUGCACUUCUUAUCAACAUUAUUUUGUCGUUUUAUAAGUAAGAUAUUUCUUGAUUUAAUAAGUUUAAUAUAAGAUAUGA